AUGUCCUCGUCUCAGCCGCCGCAGGACGGCGACAGGCCGUCGGAAUCCUCCUCAGCAAAACCAUUCAGCAUGUCCAUCGGCGGCCGACCAGCUGCGAAUGGCUCCAAGAAAACCUCAUUCAACAUGCAAUCGACGCCUCGACAGCAGCCCGACGCCUCCAACAAACGAAAUCUCCCCCGCCGACCCCACAACCUACAGGAUGACGACGAGUCCGACGAUGACGACGCCGACAGCCGUGGCCCCGCUCACGAGGCCGUCACCGGCUUCGACACCAUGACCGGCACCGCCAUCCCCGCGGACCGAUCGAACGAGCCCCGCGAACUGGUAAUCCCCGUCGCAAGCAACAAUAACUGGCGCAGACGCCCGGGCGUCAACCUUCGGCCGAAGGGGAAGAAUUUGCUUCCAAAGGAAGUCCAGGCGAUGCGGGAGGCUGAGAAGCGCGGUGAGGUCGCGGGCGAGAAUCUCGAGACGAGUGGUCCUAGCGUGUCUUAUGGUUUGAGUUUUGCGCAGACGGCGCCGCAGGCAGAGGGGCUUGAGGGAUCCGCGACGGUGACGGAGACGGCGACGAAUGGUAAUCAGACGAUGGAGGACGCCGAUGCGGAUGCCGAGCGGGAACCGCGCAAACCGCUCACACAGGAUGAAAUCGCGAUGAAUGCGCUGAUCCGCGAGAGUAAAGGGGAGGCGGAGGCUCGGUCGGAUCUGGUGAUUGAGUCGGCGGACCAGGAUUCCCGCUUCGAUGAGACGUCCUCGUUCCGGGCGGACAUUGCGGCGCGACCGGAGCCCGCGUCGCUGGAUCAGUACAAUGCAGUGCCCGUGGAGGAGUUUGGCGCCGCCUUGCUCCGCGGUAUGGGCUGGAAGGAAGGUCAAUCGGUCGGAAAAGGGAAAUACGGCUCUCCUUCGGCGGGCGCGGAUAAACCACGGGUUCCUGAGCGUCGGCCUGGAUUUCUGGGGAUUGGCGCGAAGGAUACAUCUAUCAAGGGGAAGGGCGCCGAGGCGGAAUUUGGGGCCUGGGGAAAAGCUGCGAUGCGCAAGGGGUCUAGGAAGGCGGGGAAGGAGGGCGAGAAUAAUACCGAAGGCGUCUAUAUGCCGGUCCUCAUGCAGAAUAAGAAGACGGGCUCAUUUACGACGGAAGAAGAGCUCGCGGCCGCGAAGAAGGAGGCCAAGAAGCCCGACGACGAUGACUGGAAAGAGAGACGGGAUCGCAACCUGGAAAAGAAUGGCCGUGAUCGAGACCGGGAUCGGGAGUAUCGCCGGCGGGAUUACGACGAUGAGGAUGACAGCGAUCGUUACGACAGACGGAAGAAGGGGUCUUCACGGCGAGACAGAAGUCGAUCUUCUGGGGAUCGGUACUCGAGGCGGAAAUACGAUGACCGUGAGGUUGAUAGUGACCGGAGAGAGGACCGACAUCGACGAGACAGAGAUCGCGACCGCGACCGUCGUGACCGAGACCGGGAUCGUGAUAGGGAUCGUGAUAGGAGCCAUCGCUAUCGAGAUGAUGAUCGCUAUAGCUCGAGACAUUCGUCGAGUACUUCUAGCAGACACGGCCGGGAUCGAGACCGAGACAGUGAUCGCGACUCGCACCGUCGAAGAAGAUACGACGAUUGA